AUGAAGAAGCAAUCAGUAUCUACAACUGCAACGCUUCCAAUGCCAUAUUUUAAUGUGUAUUUCAAAAUUCACUAUCAUACUCAACCAGGAAAAGCAAUUUAUAUUGUUGGAGAUUGCAGUAUUCUUGGCAAUUGGGUCCCUACCAAAGGACUACGACUUUAAUGGAAUGAAGUAUAAUUUGAAUAGUAUUUUAAAACAGAAUGAUGAGUGGACAAUUUGUAUAAAAAUAGAUCGAUCUAAAUAUUCUAAGAUUGAGUACAAAUUCAUAGUUAACAAUUAUGAUAAUCCUACUAUGAAUGAUACAUUAUGGGAACCUGGAGAAAAUAGAGUUAUCACUAAUCAUAUGAUUUAGAAUGAGACAAAGUCUGAAUAUUUUAAUUGUAUUUACUAUAAUUAAUUAUUAAAGGUGAAUAUUGGGGGUAUAGAACAAUUAAAUUGAAAUUAAAUUACAAUUUACCUGAAAAAUAAAGAAUGAUGGUUAUUGGAAGUAUUGAGUAAUUAGGUUAAUGGAUUCAUCCAGUAUUAAUGAAAUAAUAAUCUAAAAUUGAUAUAUGUAAUUUUCGAUUCAGUAAUAUUAGUAAACGGAGAGACAGUGUAACAAUGGUCUAUCUCCUUCAUAGUAGACUCAAUGAAUUUUUCAUUUAGAUAUUUUUAUGUCAUAAGAAAUGAUGAUACAGGUUCAAUGAUAUGGGAAAGAGGUAAUGGAAGAUAUUUGAAAUCAAGUGAUCUAAGAUCUUUUCGAUAAGUUUAGGAUCAAUAUGCUAAAUCUCCUAUCAAAAUUAAAACUUAAUUAUUAACUGCUUGUUAACAUUAGAGACUUCAAAAAAAGAAGAAUGGAUCAUUUUGUUCAGAAAAACAAUAAAAAUGUAAUAAAGAAACUAGUAUGGGUUAUUCAUUUUCAGAUAAGGAACCUUCGUUUUUUUAUUAUGAGUCUUUUGGUAGAUUAAAUAAAUUAGAUUGGAAUUUCGUUGUUCAAUUCUCUAUUACUCAAAUAAAUGAAAACAUUAUUAUAGGUCCUUAUCCAUAAAAUGAAUAAGAUAUAAUCAUCUUAAGUAACAAUGGAAUCAGAGCUGUUUUAAAUUUAUAAACAAGAUUGGAUGUAUAUCAUAGAGGAGUAGAUUGGGAUGAAAUAUUAUCUAGUUAUAAGAAACACAAUAUUUAUAUGAAGAAUUUUGAAAUCUUUGAUAUGGAUCCUCAGGAUUUUGAAAAAAAAAUAUCUAAAGCUGUAUCAAUUCUCAAAAAACUAAUAAAUCAAUAUGAAUUUGUGUACAUUCAUUGUACUUCAGGAAUUGGUAGAGCACCUUCCCUUGCAGUAAUAUAUUUAUCAUCUGUCCUUCAAAUUCCAUUAAAUGAAGCAAUAGCUUUUGUGAAAAAUAAAAGAGAACAUUUUUAUAUCAAUACAAGUAUUAAUAAAUUGUAUAUAUUUAUAGAUAUGUUGAAAAGAUCUCUUUAAAAAACAAUGAUUUUCAAUAAUGGUCUUGGAUAUGAAGAGAUACCUGAAAUUAAAGAAUUUUAAAUAUAAAGCUCUGGCCAAAUGUUAAAAUAAUAAUUUGAUUAUAAUAUACUUUAUUGA